UUUUUAUUGAGAAAUAAAUAAUAUAGAUUUAAAGAGAUAUUAAGCAUGAAUUCAGAGGCAAAUAACAGUGAUAAAGAAGGUACUUGGGAGGAUAAGAUAGAUCUUGAAGAAAUUCCGCGAAAAAUUGGACAAUUACGGAUGUCUGCAGAGGCAGAAGAAUUCCGACCUAGAAACAUGUAUUAUGGGCCACAGGAUUGUACUAUGAAUUGCGAUGCGAACAAUAUGCCAUAUGGGCACUUUAUGGGCUAUAACCAGAGAUAUGAUGAUCGAAAAUAUGAGCCAUGUAAUAGGGAUUAUUCAAGGCAAGGAAUGAAUAUUCGUGGCAUUGAGAAGGGGAUGACCACACCAGAAUCCAAAGGGUCAGCAACAAGUGGACAGCGUACAUCUGCUAAGGUAAUAAGGGUAGAUGAUGCACCUAAAGUAUCUGGAUUAGACGGAUCGGUUGUUGGAAGGAAUGGUAAUAGGGUAAAUAAAGUGGAUAAAAGGGUACCGUCAAUGGAUAUGGAAAAUUUAUCAUUAGCAGCAUCAAAACAAGAAAAGAAUCAUGUUUCAGUGACGGGAGAUGAAGAACGUAAAGAUCUUGAUAUUGCUAGUCAAUUUCAGGAAGAAAUAGAUGAAGAGGUUUUACAAGAUAUAUAUGGAAAAGAACAUGUAAAUGUAGUUUUUAUUGGGCAUGUUGAUGCAGGAAAAUCUACACUUGGAGGGAAUAUUCUUUAUAUGACAGGAAUGGUAGACAAAAGAACCAUGGAAAAAUAUGAAAAAGAUGCAAAAGAAGCAGGCCGAGAAAGUUGGUAUUUAUCGUGGGCAUUGGAUUCUACAAAAGAAGAGCGAUCUAAGGGAAAGACAGUUGAAUUGGGUAGAGCGUAUUUUGAAACAGAAAAACGUCGUUAUACAAUUCUUGAUGCACCUGGUCAUAAAUCCUAUGUACCGAAUAUGAUAGAAGGUACUGCUCAAGCAGAGGUGGCAGUACUUGUUAUUUCUGCACGAAAGGGAGAAUAUGAAACAGGAUUUGAAAAAGGUGGACAAACAAGAGAACAUGCUAUGCUUUCAAAAACACAAGGGGUCUCAAAACUUAUUGUAGCAAUUAAUAAAAUGGAUGAUCCUACAGUAGAAUGGUCAAAAGAAAGAUAUGAUGAAUGUACAAAUGGGAUUACAACGUUUUUGAGAAAGGAAGUGGGAUAUAAUCCCAAGACAGAUUUUGUAUUUAUGCCAAUAUCUGCAUUUACUGGUAUAAAUAUUAAAGAGCGUAUUGAUAAAAAAAUAUGCCCAUGGUAUAAUGGACCAUCUCUUCUUGAAUAUUUAGACGAAAUGGAUACAUUUGAACGGAAACUGAAUACUCCAUUAAUCAUUCCUAUUCAAGCGAAAUAUAAGGAUAUGGGCUUGGUUAUUGAAGGAAAAAUUGAAAGUGGUUAUGUUAAAAAAGGAUCUAAUGUUAUUCUUAUGCCAAACAAGACUGUUGUUGAAGUUGUAGGAUUAUAUAAUGAAUUAGAAGAAAUACGAGUAGGUCGUUGUGGUGAACAAAUAAAGCUUCGAAUAAAGGGAGUAGAAGAAGAAGAUGUUAUGACGGGUCAUAUUUUAUCAUCAUUAGAAAGUCCUGUUAGUACGGCUAAAAUAUUUGAAGCACAGAUAGCUAUUUUGGAAGUUAAAAGCUUACUUACUGCUGGUUAUUCAUGUAUUAUUCAUAUUCAUUCAGCAGUUCAAGAGGUUACUUUUUUGAAAUUGCUUUAUAAACUUGAUAAGCUUACAAAUCGGCGAAGUAAAAAGCCUCCUGCAUUUGCAACAAAAGGCAUGAAAAUUGUAGCUUUGUUAGAAGUAGCUUCUCCUCUGUGUCUUGAAACAUUUGAUAAAUAUAAACAACUUGGUCGAUUUAUUCUUCGUAAUGAAGGUCUUACUGUGGCAAUUGGAAAAGUAACAAAACUUAUCUCCGAGGAGUAGAAAUGAAUUAAUGUAAAUAUGAUAUUUCAUUAAAAAUAUUUGAUAU